AUGAGAGUUUUUAGAGGAAGAGAGCAAGCUUAUACCGAUAUGUAUGGCAAGUGGGAUGACUCGUAUGUAAAUAUAUUUAAUUUCAAACAAGAACUCGAAAAGAGAAACCCAGGAAGUGUGGUGGAGAUUGAUUUGCAGAUAGUGGGUGAAAAGAAACAUUUCUUACACUUUUUUAUAUCAUUAACAGCAUGCUCUAAGGGGCUUCUUGCUGGUUGUCGUCCAUGCAUUGGGCUUGAUGCUUGUCAUUUGAAAGGGGAAUUUAAUGGUGUGUUAGCUGCUGCCACAAGUAUCGACGGUAACAAUGGUAUGUUUCCAGUAGCCUAUCGUGUGCUUGAGGCAGAGAAUACAAAAUCAUGGACUUGGUUUCUCACAUCACUACAAAAAGCGAUUGGUAUACCAAAUGGUCUUGUUAUCUCCUCUGACAUGCAAAAGGGGUUGGAAUUAGCUAUUACACAGUUAUGGGAGGCUGCAAAUACCUACUCUGUUGGUAAGCAUGAUAAAUUGUUAAAUGAAAUUGGUACUAAAUGUGCAGGUGACAUACAUUAUAAACCGGUGUUUGAUCUCCUUGAUGCAAUUAGAGAAAAGCUUAUGGAAAGAUUUGACAAUAAAAGGAGUAAGAACUUGGGUGAAUAUCAAGUUUGUAGAAGCAGUGAUAAUAAAGCAGAAGUGAAGUUCAAAGGAUAUCGUUGGGAUGUUGUAUUGGAUGAGAAAAAAUGUAGUUGUCGAAAAUGGCAAGUUACAGGCCUUCCAUGUGUGCAUGCAACUGCUUUUAUUGCUUUCACAAGGGAGCCUAGCUGGGAAAAAUAUGUUGAUACAUAUUUCACAGUCGACAAGUUUAAAGAAGCAUAUGCUUUAGAAAUUGGUCCAAUGCCCGGAAAAGAUCAAUGGGUGAAUAUAGAGACAAUCGAUAAGAUAUACCCACCUAUUAUAAAACGACCGCCUGGACGACCGAAAAAGAAUAGAAUUAUACCACAUGAUAAGCCUAAGAAAAGGCACAGAUGUCCCCGUUGUGGUUUAUAUGGACACCAUCAAAGGACUUGCAAAAAUCUCGCGUCUCAAGGUUUUGAUGAAGCAUCCUCUAGCAAGAGGAAAGAACACAAACCAUCAUGA